CGGGCAGCCACCGACUCACCCGCUCACCCACCGACCGGCCGGCCGGGAUCCUCGGGGGGAUCCAGCCCCGCACUGCAGCGCGGGGAGACGGACGGACGGACAAACCGCAGCACCCCUUCUCCUUCUUCCUUCCCUUCCUUCACCUCCCCUUCUCUCCUCCUCUUCCCACCAUCCAUCUAUCUAUCCAUCAUCCCCCCCGCCAACCCCUCCCAAUGCUGAAGAGUUUCAACCCGGCGGGGCUGGAGUGAAGAAGGGAAGGGCGGAAGGGAGGAGAGGAGCGGAGCUCCGCGCAAUUCACAGCUGCUCCAGGGAGGGGGGAGCGGCCUCGCUAUUAUUUAACAGAGAAGAAAAAAAUAUUUAAAGAAAAAAGAAAAGAAGAGACGGGAAAAUGGCGAACGAUUCUCCUGCAAAAAGUCUGGUGGAUAUCGACCUUUCCUCCCUGCGGGACCCCGCUGGGAUUUUUGAACUGGUGGAAGUGGUUGGCAAUGGCACGUACGGGCAAGUCUACAAGGGUCGCCAUGUCAAAACGGGUCAGCUGGCGGCCAUCAAGGUCAUGGAUGUUACUGAGGAUGAAGAAGAAGAAAUUAAACUGGAGAUUAAUAUGCUAAAGAAAUAUUCUCAUCAUAGAAAUAUUGCAACUUAUUAUGGUGCUUUCAUUAAGAAAAGUCCUCCAGGACAUGAUGACCAACUGUGGCUUGUUAUGGAGUUUUGUGGAGCUGGCUCCAUCACAGACCUUGUGAAGAACACAAAAGGGAAUACCCUGAAAGAAGACUGGAUAGCCUAUAUCUCCAGAGAGAUUCUCCGGGGGUUGGCACAUCUUCAUGCCCAUCAUGUGAUUCACAGGGAUAUCAAAGGGCAAAAUGUGUUAUUAACAGAGAAUGCAGAAGUGAAACUUGUGGAUUUUGGUGUGAGUGCUCAGCUGGACAGGACAGUUGGCAGGAGAAACACUUUUAUUGGGACUCCCUACUGGAUGGCUCCAGAAGUUAUUGCCUGUGAUGAGAAUCCAGAUGCUACGUAUGAUUACAGAAGUGACCUUUGGUCCUGCGGCAUUACGGCCAUAGAGAUGGCAGAAGGAGCUCCCCCACUUUGUGACAUGCACCCCAUGAGGGCACUCUUUCUGAUACCCAGGAACCCUCCCCCACGGUUAAAAUCCAAGAAAUGGUCAAAAAAGUUUUUCAGCUUUAUAGAAGGUUGUCUAGUGAAGAAUUACAUGCAGAGACCUUCUACAGAACAGCUGUUGAAGCAUCCCUUUAUACGUGACCAGCCAAAUGAAAGGCAAGUCCGAAUCCAGCUUAAGGACCAUAUAGACAGGACCAGGAAGAAGAGAGGAGAAAAAGAUGAGACGGAGUAUGAAUAUAGUGGAAGUGAGGAAGAAGAGGAGGAAGUGCCUGAACAAGAAGGAGAGCCAAGUUCCAUUGUCAAUGUGCCUGGAGAAUCAACCCUCCGACGUGAUUUCCUGAGACUGCAGCAGGAGAACAAGGAACGGUCCGAGGCCCUUCGGAGGCAGCAGCUGCUGCAGGAGCAGCAGCUCCGUGAGCAGGAGGAGUACAAGAGGCAGCUGCUGGCAGAGAGGCAGAAACGCAUUGAGCAGCAGAAGGAGCAGAGGAGGCGGCUGGAAGAGCAACAAAGAAGAGAAAGGGAAGCUCGAAGGCAACAAGAGCGUGAGCAAAGGCGGAGAGAACAGGAGGAAAAAAGACGUCUGGAAGAAAUGGAGAGGAGGCGUAAGGAGGAGGAAGAGAGAAGAAGAGCAGAGGAGGAAAAGAGGAGGGUAGAAAGGGAGCAGGAGUAUAUCAGGCGACAGCUAGAAGAGGAGCAGCGGCACUUGGAAAUUCUACAGCAGCAGCUGCUCCAGGAGCAGGCCAUGUUACUGGAAUACAGAUGGCGAGAGAUGGAGGAGCACCGGCAGGCAGAGCGACUCCAGCGGCAGCUGCAGCAGGAGCAAGCCUACCUCCUGUCGCUGCAGCACGACCACAGGAGGCAGCAGCAGCAGCAGCAGCAACAGCAGCAGCAGCAGCAGCAAGAAAGAAAUAAACAAAGCUAUCAUACCCCUGAGCCUAAGUCCCACUAUGAGCCUGCUGAAAGAGCACGUGAGGUGGAGGAGAGAUUUAGAAAAACUAAUCAGGGCUCCCCUGAAGCACAGUCUAAACAGAUGGGCAAAGUGUUGGAGCCACCAGUGCCUUCAAGAUCAGAGUCCUUUUCCAAUGGAAACUCAGAACCUGCUCAGCCUGCCCUGCAGAGGCCAGUGGAGCCCCAGGUACAGUGGUCCCAUCUGGCAUCUCUCAAGAACAAUGUUUCCCCUGUCUCGCGAUCCCAUUCCUUCAGUGACCCUUCUCCCAAAUUUGCUCAUCACCAUCUUCGUUCCCAGGACCCAUAUCCACCUUCACGCAGUGAAGUGCUUAAUCAGAGUUCUGACUCUAAGUCGGAGGUACCCGACCCCACCCAAAAGGCUUGGGCUAGAUCAGACAGUGACGAGGUGCCUCCAAGGGUACCUGUGAGAACAACGUCCCGAUCACCAGUCCUGUCCCGCCGUGAUUCCCCACUGCAGGGCACUGGGCAGCAAAAUAACCAAGCAGGUCAAAGGAAUUCCACGAGCAAUAUAGAGCCUCGUCUGCUGUGGGAAAGGGUGGAGAAGCUUGUACCAAGGCCAGGCAGUGGCAGUUCUUCUGGCUCAAGCAACUCUGGCUCACAACCUGGCUCCCACCCUGGCUCUCAGAGUGGGUCUGGAGAGCGGUUCAGGAUGAGAUCAUCAUCCAAAUCAGAGGGUUCGCCAUCACAGCGCCAUGAAAGUGCACCUAAAAAGCCUGAAGAGAAAAAGGAAGUCUUCAGACCUAUCAAGCCUGCUGGAGAAGUGGAUUUAACUGCACUGGCGAAGGAGCUGCGAGCAGUGGAGGAUGUGCGACCUCCACAUAAAGUAACCGAUUACUCGUCCUCGAGUGAGGAGUCAGGGACAACAGAUGAGGAAGAUGAUGAUAUGGAACAAGAAGGAGCAGAUGAAUCUACUUCUGGACCAGAUGAUGUCCGAGCAGUGUCAACGUUGAACUUGAGCAAUGGUGAAACAGAGUCAGUAAAAACCAUGAUUGUCCAUGAUGAUGUGGAGAGUGAACCUGCCUUGACUCCUUCUAAGGAGGGCACCUUAAUUGUUCGACAGAGUACAGUUGACAAAAAGCGUGCCAGCCAUCAUGAGAGCAAUGGCUUUGCCGGUCGCAUUCACCUCUUGCCAGAUCUCUUACAGCAAAGCCAUUCCUCCUCCACUUCCUCCACCUCCUCCUCCUCCUUGUCCUCCUCUUCCUUCAUGUCCUCAUCCUUGUCAACUUCCUCCACCUCCUCCUCCCCAUCCUCCAGCCAGCCGACACCCACCAUGUCCCCACAGACACCCCAGGACAAGCUAACUACUAAUGAGACUCAGUCCGCUAGUAACACACUCCAGAAACACAAAUCUUCCUCCUCCUUUACACCUUUUAUAGACCCCAGAUUACUACAGAUUUCUCCAUCUAGUGGGACAACUGUGACUUCUGUGGUAGGAUUUUCUAGUGAAGCAAUGAGAUCAGAGGCAAUAAGGCAAGACCCUACACGGAAAGGAUCAGUUGUCAAUGUGAACCCCACAAACACACGGCCACAGAGCGACACCCCAGAGAUUCGCAAAUACAAGAAGAGAUUCAAUUCUGAGAUCCUGUGUGCGGCCUUAUGGGGAGUGAACUUGUUGGUGGGCACUGAAAGUGGUCUGAUGCUGCUAGACAGAAGUGGGCAGGGGAAGGUUUAUCCACUCAUCAAUCGAAGACGAUUCCAGCAAAUGGAUGUACUUGAAGGGCUGAAUGUCUUGGUGACAAUUUCUGGUAAGAAGAACAAGUUGCGAGUUUACUAUUUGUCAUGGUUAAGAAAUAAAAUCCUGCACAAUGAUCCUGAGGUAGAAAAGAAACAGGGCUGGACUACGGUGGGCGACUUGGAAGGCUGUGUGCACUAUAAAGUUGUAAAAUAUGAAAGAAUCAAGUUCUUGGUAAUUGCAUUGAAGAGUUCUGUGGAAGUCUAUGCAUGGGCACCAAAGCCAUACCAUAAAUUUAUGGCCUUUAAGUCAUUUGGAGAACUGGUACAUAAGCCAUUGCUGGUGGAUCUCACUGUAGAAGAGGGUCAGAGACUAAAAGUGAUCUAUGGCUCCUGCGCUGGCUUCCAUGCUGUGGAUGUGGAUUCAGGAUCGGUCUAUGAUAUUUAUCUACCAACACAUAUCCAGAGCAGUAUCCAACCUCACGCAAUCAUCAUCCUCCCAAACACGGAUGGGAUGGAGCUGCUGGUCUGCUACGAGGAUGAAGGAGUUUAUGUCAACACAUAUGGAAGGAUAACCAAGGAUGUGGUUCUGCAGUGGGGAGAAAUGCCAACUUCAGUUGCAUACAUCCGAUCUAACCAGAUCAUGGGCUGGGGAGAAAAAGCAAUCGAAAUACGGUCGGUGGAAACUGGACACUUGGAUGGUGUGUUCAUGCACAAAAGGGCACAGAGACUCAAAUUUUUAUGUGAACGCAACGACAAGGUUUUCUUUGCCUCCGUGCGGUCAGGUGGAAGCAGUCAAGUCUAUUUCAUGACCCUUGGCAGGACUUCACUUCUGAGCUGGUAGAAGCAGUGGGAUUUGGAGAGGAAUUGCUGACAUCCAGAGUCUGAGAUCUUCAUAACUUGGAAUUAUUUUCAACUGGAGUACAGACCUGCACGAGUGCAGCACUCUGUGUAAAUGUGUGUGCAGGCAUCACUGGUGUUAGGUUUCUUUAUGUUUUUCAACUGAGGCUGCGAGGCAGCUGGUGCUGUAAAGAUAUUGCCAUCAGGUGCUACAAUGUCUUGGAGAUUUGGGAUCACGCUAGAAAGCUACAGGUCUUCUUUUCCCUUCAGCUCCAGUGUUCCUAGGAUUUGAAGGACUCUGUUUGUUAGUGUUAAAACAGAGGAGGGGGGAGAAAAGGAAGAAAAACAAACCAGGCUUACCAUGACCAUGCUGUUUGUUGAGUGGACAGGAGGCAGGCAAGAGAAGGUGAGAAGUGGUGUAGAGAGUCAGACUGGCUGAAACAGAGGGCAGAUCUAGUCUAGUAAUGUUAACAAUGUAUUUAAUUGACAUUUCUUUUUUGUAAUGUGACAAUAUGUGGACAAAGAGGAAGGUGCAGGUUUUAAGAAGUUAAUAUUUAUAAAAUGUGAAAGACACAGUGACUAGGAUAACUUCUUUUUGGGGACAGGGAGGGUGGGAAGGGGCUUGGGGUGGAAUUCUUAGGGGUUUUUUGUUUCUGCAGUUUUAUUUUGGCCUGGCCAAUAACUUUAGUCAUUUUCUGUGUACCAGGUGUUGCCUGAAACAUGUGCAGGUGAUUAAAAAAAAAAAAAAAGGAAAAAAAAAUUUCAUUUUCUAUAAUGAUUCUGUGUUAGGCCAGAACUUGGUUAUGUCACAGUAUUAGCACUGCCUCAGUUAAAGGUUUAAUUUUUGUUUAAACCUAGAAGUGCAACAACAGUUUUACCACAGUCUGCACUCGCAGAACUAAAAAAAAAAGAAAAAAAAAAGAAAAAAAAGAGAAAUAAAAUCCAAACUACAUAUGUUUAUUUUUUUGUGCCUACCUCAUUGUUUUUAAUGCAUAAAAUAAAAGAGGUGGUUUAGUUUAUACGUUUUUAGAAGAAAACCAUUAACGUCUAAUUUAAUCUUAAUACCAAAACUACCAGAUUGAAAGGUUUCUGACUGUUAUUGCAUAGCAAGUUUCAGCAGGAGGAGUGAGUAGUCCCUUGGGGCAAGAGUCGUAGCAGUAUGGCAGUGAGACACUGAUUAAUGUAAUCUGCUUACAAAAUUUGGCAAAGCAAGCAUUUUUUAAACCAAUUUCAUCCUUAACAGAAGUAUGAAUUUAGCCUAAACCAGAGGUUUGACUCUUCUAACACAUGGGCUUAGUAACAGGCAGGUAAAAGUAACUAGGCUAGUUCUAUAAACUGUUAAAUGUUGUAGGAAACAUUUUGGGGCGGUGAUGUUUUUCUUUUUUAAGAAUGCAAUGCACUAAAACUCUUUUAAGAAUGUAGUUAAUACUGCUUAUUCAUAAAAACAGCGUAUACCUGUGUUUAGAUGUAAGAUCCCAGCUCUGGCUUUUUUCCUUUCUUUUUUUUUUUCUUUUUUUAAAGUCAGUUUUAUUUUAUGAAUAAGUUCUGACAUUUUUAAUAAAUGUCUUGAGAGUAAUAAUUUGUUUAGUGGCUACAUGUUCAUUACUUGAGAAAUCUUGAGUGUAUAAUAAUCUGUUGGUGUUGUAAUAAUGCACAGUGUCACAAUUCAGCCAUUCAUUUUCCUUUUUGUUUUGGUUGUUUUUUUUUUUUGUUCUUGUUCCUAAUUCCUUUGGUGGGGUACUUUGCUGACAGCUGCCUUAAGCUGUUCAUUCAGUGAACAGGCUCUCAGUGUUUCAUGGGCUUUGUCUUCUGCUGUGGUUAACUUUCCUUCAUGGCAUGACAGGUAGGGCUUUUUAAACACAUGUUCUUCAGUUCAGUCAAGCUGAUGGCUCGAGCGACUGGUCACACAAUCAGUUAAGAGCCAGGAGCACCAAGUGUGCAAAGCUCAGACUCAACAGACCCUUCUUUUGGUGUCCAAUCUGACUGCUGUAAAUCCUGAUCAGCGCUGUGCUGAGGACUCUCCUUCGAGCAUUGCGGACAGCUGAAAGGCGAGCGGUAAAUGCGUAACCUCCAGCGCAUGCGUGUGCACACAGCAACCCCCACUCCCCCACCCCCAAAAAGAAUCAAAACUCAAGAAAGCCUUACAUUUGCUGGCGGAGGAAUACUUAGAACUAAUUUUUUUUUAAUUGUAUGACUUUUGGAUAGUGUUGAAGGUGAAGGAUGUGUUCUUUUCAGGCCCGGUGUGGUCAGCCAGAAGAACGAUCGACCUUUUGUACUAUGAUGAACUAAAGGGGACUCGGAGACACAACGUGAUGGUAGACAUGGGUGUGAUCACAGAGCUGCCCUGUAGUGUAGUUUGCCGAAGCUGAUUCGAUCGAAUGUCAGUCUGCGUGAUUUAAAUCUUCCAGUGCUAUGUGGUCAAAAUUAAUCUAGUCCUUGAAAGCUGAUGCUGUUCACCUAGAGGAAGAUGCUCCAGUGCUAUAGGGAUGCCCAGGUCAUGGAUAUGUGCUGUUGAAGUUUUGAGGCUCCGGGGGAGGGUGGAAAUCUCCUUCCUUCAGAGGGUCUGCCCAUCUGGCAGCUUCUGCCUCCACAGAAGUGCCAACAUGGCAAGGUAAAAACAGUAUUACAAAACCACUUUGUACACCAACAUCGAACUCUUCAAACAGUGCUUUUGUAAGCAAAGAAGAAAAGAAAAGCUCCUAGGUUUAGUUUUAAGCUUUAAUAAGUAAUAAUUUUCUGUAUCUUUAAGUCAAAGUAACCCUAACUUGUAUGACUGCAGUGUUUUUAUUUUUUAUCUUAUGCACAUGUUAUGUUGGAGAAAAUGUUUACAAAAAUGGUUUUGUUACACUAAUGUGCAUCACAUAUUUAUGGUUUAUUUGAAAGUGAUUUUUGUGGGUUUUUUAGUUUUUCAUAGUAGUAGUAGUACACUUUUUGUGAUUUAUAACCCCAAACUCUGCUGAUUAUAAAGAUGCUAAACAAUAAUACAAAAUGACAAACUGCAUUAAAAUUACUAAUCGUAGAGCUGCAAAGCAGACUGGUGACAAGUAAAACACUCAGCCUUUCUUUUGCAGUGCUAUCUAACUUGUCUUCUGUGUAUUAUGGAAAUUACUGUUUUUUCCCCGUUUUUCCUUAAAUAAAGUCAAAUUGACACCUAU